AUGGCCGCCACAUCUCUGAUAAACCCGGCUCCCGUAUAUCACCCUCACAAACCGCCGUUUCCUCCCGCCUACCACCAGCCGCCGUCGGCCAUGCCCGGCAUGAUCUCGCCCGGGGAGAGCAGGAGAACAUCUAAUGAAUCAGAACCCUCCCAGCGGCAGUCCCUCCCCUCCAUAUCAGAAGUGUUCUCGGGCGCUAAGCCGAGCCAUUACUCGCCAACCACCCCUACGGCGUUGGCCGGUUCCCACAGCCUCCCUCAUCCCUUUAGCUCUUCGGCGCCGCCCAGGUCGGAACCGCCGCCCGAGCCGCGACCAGCGCCGCCUUCGCACGAAGACAAAUUCUUUCGUUACCCUCCGCGGCCGGACGUUGGUCCACCGCCGGGCCCGCCCAAUUCUGUGUACGCAUUCCCGGAGCAGCGCGACCCUACGAAACCUCUAGAGGCUGCGCCCAACAGCGGUCACGCAAACCCUCCGCCCCAGAUCCCGUAUCCGCCAGGCCAGUACCCGCUGCCCCCGGCACCCAUCUCGCCACACCACCUGGGUCCUUCGCUGCCUCCCUACGACCAGCCUCGUCCACCGCUUCACAGCGACGAAGAUUAUGGGAUGCAUAGGAGUCGCUUCGAUAACACGGCUCUAAAUCAACACUUUGAGUCGUGGGGCUACCAGGAUACUCUCCGCAAGUUGUCGUGGACUUCGAGGACGAUCUGCAACUUUGCAGAGGCGUACGGCAAGAUUGCGAUGGAGCAGCACGGCGGACAGCCGAUCCCGGAACGGCUGCCUAGCGAGUCCGAGGUCUCGAGCAUGCUCGGCAACGUAGAAUACGCCAAGCACGCGCUGGAGAACCUCCGAGAAUUAGUGCAGCGGAGUAUCGCAACCGAGAAGGCCCGGGAAGGCGGGCGCGCCAAGGGCCCCUACGACGGAGAUGACGAUAUCAGCAUGUACGGCGAAGGUAUGAACAAGCCGUACGGCCUUGCGCCGGAAAUCAAGAAGCGGCGAGGGCGCGCCGCACCCCCUGGUCGAUGUCAUAGUUGCAACAGGAUCGAUACCCCAGAGUGGCGACGAGGGCCGGAUGGCGCGAGGACCCUGUGCAACGCAUGCGGGCUUCACUACGCCAAGCUGGAGAGGAAACGACAGAUGGAGCAGCGCUCUAUCCGACCGAAGACUGUGGAGGAGCGAGUCUGAGAUGUCCGAUAUCCGACAGAUCAAUCUUCCCGCUUACGUUACAGGGCGACACGCAUGAGAACGAGCCGCCAGCCAGUUCCUAGAGACCUUUGCAAGCUCGGACUGGGUGGUGGCACGACUUCCGAUCGACAGCAUCGGCCAGUCGAUAUUCGAGCGAAGCCAAACCCAUAUCCUACUGACCUUCGACAACUCCAUACCUACAACUAACAUCUCUCCCUCUCACCCUUUUCGACAUAUAUACUACCUAUAAAUACAUAUAUAUAUACACUUCUACGUUAAUUAUAUACCCAAUCUGGAUUCUACCUUUUUUUUUUUCCCCCGCCAUCCGGUCUCGUCCUCUACUUCGUUAGCUUUCGUUGUAU